UCAGUGUCUUAUAAAACGGAGGACUUGAGAGCGGGUUACCUCACUCAACUUGACGCAGGCGCAGGAACAACACACACCAACCAUGAUCUCCAUACAGGUGUUAGCGUGCGUGGUGAUGGUGAUGGGGAUGACUCAGGGAGCUUCACUGAGCAAUCCCAAGGCCAGUCUCUCUAUCAAGGACAAGCUGGCCCUCGACCUGCCUCUCAAAUACGUAUCGGAGAGCACCAAGGCCCCCACCAAGCUAGAACUCGUUAAGGUGUCGUUUCCCUCUACGACCACUACCACGACGACGACCACCCCAGAGCCCCAGAGAAACACAGAACGACCACAGUAUAUCGACGCCACCGUCUUCAGGCAUCAGUUCACCAGACCGAACACGGAGACAGAGCCCCCGCAGCCCCUGGUAGACGGGAGGUCCUUUGAUUACGAGGCUCACUUCAGGCUGUGGGACGACCUCAGCUCCUUCGCCGGGGAGAUGGGGCCUUUGGGGGGUGACCUACGCGGGGAGGAGUACAUCGUGGGGUUCAGGCCGCCAGGGUUCUAAAAAAUGUUGGAACGUAAACUUUUUUCUGAUAGUUUUAAGAAUCAUCUCUACCUCCCUCCCUCUUUCCCUCUCUCCCUCUCUCCUUCCCACCCUCUCUCCAUCCCUCCCCCCCCCACUAGGCGCUCUGUUAUUUUUUGAGCGCCUGACAGCUCUCAAACACCGGUGUUGUGACUGUCUAAUGGCUACCCCAAAGGCGCUUUAUUCUUAUGACCGCCGAACACAGCGAGCAGUGACAGUCUGAUAAGCCAGGUUGUGAUUGGUUGGAGUGCGUGACGUCACAUUUGUAAAUAGAUCAGCUUUUCCUACGACAAUAACAGAGAACACUAAUCAAACUUAACCUAAGCUAACCCAACCUAAUCUAACCUAAUCUAAUCUAACCUAACCUAAACUAACCUAACCUAACCAUCAGUCAAUUUUGUUAGCUCGAAGUACAAUCUGCAUGGGAAAAAUGACGUUAUUCUUUCCAGCCAAUCCGAGCAUGGCUGACGGGCGCUCUCUAGCCAAAACGACAUGUGUUCAUAGGUGUGUGUGUGUGUUAGUCUCACAGUAUUCUCUAGUUUAUUAAGAGGUCAUAACAGGGGUUCAAACUUCACAUACCCCCACACCCACACACACACCACCCACACACACCACACACACUCACCCACCCACACACACACCCACACACACACCCACACCCACACCCACCCACACACCCACACCCACCCACACACCCACACCCACACUACCACAUGAACUAUGACCCCUAUCCUCCCUCAUUAACUAACUCACGCUCUUAUAUGACAGAGAUUAACAAAAGACCCUCAGAAGACUCACAGCAUAAGUGCAAUAUAUACAAUGUGUGAUAUAGAUGCUGUAAGUCUCUCGUUAAAUUGUCUCUUUUACCUACUGUAUUAAACAACUACAGAAUUAUAUAAAGACAUGUGAAAGUAUAUAAUUAAAAUACAUAACUACGUAAAAAUACAGAAUGCAAAAUAAUUAAUCUGUUGUGUGAAGUGAUCUAUGUUGUGUAAUUCUGAUAUACAGGAUUAUGUAGGAAUAUUAUGUAAUUAAUGUAGGUUAUGUAAUUAAUCAGUUACGUCAUCGAGAAAUGUUAAAUUAGUUUUAAAUAAAAGUGAAUUUUUUUUACUAAUGAAGAAAAUGGGUUAAAUGUAAUUAAUUCUUUAUUGGAAGAAUUGAUUUUGUUAUUGGUUGUAUUACGUCAUUAUAAUGCCCAUGUGACCUGACAUGACCUGACCUUAAAUCAGUCUUUUUUAUAUAUAAUUAUGAAGGACAUGGAUAAGUAAAUGGUUUUAUUUUUGGAUUAAUUCAACUAUCAGAAAAUAGUGUGUGUGUGUGUGUGUGUGUGUGUGUGUGUGUGUGUGUGUGUGUGUGUGUGUGUGUGUGUGUGUGUCAUUCUCAUAUAUUUCG